CUCCCCACAAUCAAAUCCCAAAAGGAAUAAAAGGAAGGAACUUAAUUCUUAAAGUACCAGCUUUAUAAAAUCUGAUGAUAAAGAAAUAUAAUAACAAGAACUUAACUUCUACAACAUAACAUCCUACUUUAUAAUUCACAUACAUUAUCUUCACAGUUAUACAUCAAUAAAGAAAACAAUGUAAAUGUUAACAGGCCAGUCCCCACAGAAACAUAGUGAGAAGAAACACAGAGUUCCCAAAAGCUUAGGUUGACUUCACCUGUAUCUCAGUUAUAGUCUUUGAACACCAAAUUCUAUACAGUUUGCUGAGUCAAAAGCACUGAAACAUCCUCUCUCCACUUCAGCUGGAAUCCAUGCAGACUCUUCCUCAUCCUUUGCUGAAAUCACUGUUAGCUAGUCAGCUAACUAAUUAACCAACCAUUCAGUUAGAUAUAUAGAGUUUCAAAAAAAACCAUUAAAGAAAAAUACAAAACUGAGAAUAGCAAAAUAUAAAUGACUCUUUCCCCAUCAUCACAUUCAAAUAAGAGGAGAAUUGGUAAAGCAUACUGUUUGAGACAAUUGAACUAAAACAGUUUGACUAAAAUCAAAUAAGAGUCCAAGUAUAAAAUUAAAAGAAAUUAGUUUUCCCUCCCAAUUUCCCCUUUCUAUAAUUAACACUGCCAGAGCUUCCCUGUUGAAGAGUUAAUGCUUCAGAGUCAGGGAAAACAGACUCAGCUUCUCCUAACCCACACAGUGCACGUUGCCUUUUGCAAAGCAGCUGCCCUGAUUACGUACCCUCAUGGAGUCUGAGUCCAGAAAACAAGAACCUAUUGAGCUACCACACCCAAUUCCAGAAACUUCUGAGUAUGGAGAGCUAUUUGUGAAUCUGCCGUGCGGCCCUGCGAGUAAUUUUUGUUUUUACCGCUGCCUUGUGCCUGGCUGCGUUACCGUGAGCUUGCCCCUGAACCCCAAGCCCUUCCUGAAUGGGCUGACAGGGAAGCCAGUGAUGGUGAAGCUGAAGUGGGGGAUGGAGUACAAGGGAUACCUGGUGUCUGUCGACGGCUACAUGAACAUGCAGCUUGCAAACACAGAAGAAUACAUAGAUGGUGCGUUGUCAGGACGCCUUGGUGAAGUUUUGAUAAGAUGUAACAAUGUCCUGUACAUCAGAGGAGUAGAAGAAGAAGAAGAUGGAGAAAUGAGAGAAUAAGUUUGUAUAUUUCUAGAAAAUAAAGAUCAGUUUUUCACACCAAAAAAAAAACAAAAAACCAAGGACCCAGACCCAACUCAUU